AUGGAGCUCGCCACGUUCCUCGACGGGAAUCACGUCCGGCUACGCAGCCUCGACCUCGGCACGUACCUCCACGCCGCCGCCGACGGGAUCAACGUACGCCUCGACCCGGAGCGGGCUUCCGUGAACUCCGCGUGGGUGGUUCACCGGUACGAGAACCCUGCCAACAUGUACCUGCUCCUGUACAGCACCGCCUUCGGCCGCUACCUCUCCGCCACCAACACGCUGGCGCCAUGGGGCCAGCGCGGCUACCGCGUCGAGCAGCGCGAGUUCGACGAGCCGGAGGUGUAUUCCAUCAUGUGGCAGGUCAUCGGGCCCGCGAACUUCGUCGUGCUCCGCCACGUCAGCGCCGGCCUCCUCCGCGCCAACGGGAGACGACGCUUCAACUGGAACAGCGGCGUCACCGUCGACAACAUCGGAAACCUGAGCACGAUGAUGGGCAGCUCCAACUCCCACCUGAGGCACGAGCUGAUCGACCGUCUGGGCAGCGUCAAUUUCAUCAUGUGCGUCCGAGCUGGCCGCUACGCGCGGCUCACCCCGAUGCUCGCCAACCUGCCAAGCGGCACCGGCAACACUCUCUACAUCGUCGCCAUCCACUCCCAGUCGCCAGCCGCAGAUGAGCUGCGCUACCCGGACAUCGACGCGGCGUAG